UCUGUCUCUCUCUCUCUCUGUCUCUCUCUCUAAAAGCGUUCGGCAAUGGCAAGCUCCUUCUCAGAUUCAUCACUACUCCUCCCCUUCACACUGAGGAGAAGAAUAUAAAAGGCCGGUUCCCCCUCCCCACUAUAACCCCAAAUCCUUUAUCUCUUAAACCCUCUCCUCUCCCUUCUCUUAUAAACCCUUGUAGUCUCCUCUCCUUCUCUUCUUUCUCCGAUGGCGGGAUACUCGGUGGCGGCGCCGCUGUGCACGUGGUUGGUGGCAGCGUGCGUGACGGCGUCGGGUGGAAAGGAGGGGCCUUUGGCGGCGCCGGCGCCGGCGGUCGGGGAGGCGAGGCGGUUGAGCCGGUCGGCGAGGAGGCGGAGGGCGGCGGCGCUCCGCCUCGACGCCCGGGAUUCCUCUGGAGGACUGAUGUCGGCGCUCCGUGGAUCGGGGAUCCAGGGGCUGAUGAGCUCCUGCCUCGCCUUCGAGCCCUGCGCGGAGUUCUACGGCUCUAAGGGCGCGUCGGCUUUCUUCGGAGAGAGUGGCUUCUCCCUCUUUGGGACGUCGAAGGCGGAGACUACGAGAAGGCAGCGAAGGGCCGCGCGCGCCUCUUGCGUCUCGGGUUUUAAUUCAGUUUACAUGGUCUCAGGCAAAGCAAUGGCAGUAGCUGUGCAGCCUGCUAAGGAAAUUGCAGAAAAGAAGAGAACCCAUACAAAGAAGAGGAGAGUGGUCGUGACAGGGAUGGGUGUGGUGACUCCACUGGGCGUUGAUCCUGAUAUCUUCUACAAUAACCUUCUUGAUGGUGUCAGUGGUAUAAGUCAAAUUGAAACAUUUGACUGUACCAACUAUCCAACAAGAAUUGCAGGAGAAAUUAAAUCUUUUUCAACAGAUGGAUUGGUGGCACCUAAAUUAUCUAAACGAAUGGACAAAUUCAUGCUCUAUUUACUUAUUGCUGGAAAGAAAGCAUUAGCCAAUGGUGGGGUUACUGAAGAGGUCAUGAGUCAGCUUGACAAGGCAAAAUGCGGAGUGCUCAUAGGCUCUGCGAUGGGUGGAAUGAAGGUUUUUAAUGAUGCCAUCGAAGCUUUAAGGGUCUCAUAUAAGAAGAUGAAUCCAUUUUGUGUUCCAUUUGCAACGACAAACAUGGGUUCUGCAAUCCUUGCCAUGGAUCUGGGUUGGAUGGGCCCAAAUUACUCUAUUUCAACUGCUUGUGCUACAAGCAAUUUCUGUAUCCUGAAUGCAGCAAACCAUAUAAUAAGAGGGGAAGCUGAUGUGAUGCUUUGUGGUGGAUCAGAUGCUGCUAUUAUACCAAUUGGACUGGGGGGUUUUGUUGCUUGCAGAGCACUCUCGCAGAGAAAUAGUGAUCCGACUAAAGCGUCACGGCCUUGGGACAUUGAUCGUGAUGGAUUCGUGAUGGGGGAGGGGGCUGGCGUGCUUCUACUGGAAGAAUUAGAGCAUGCUAAGCAAAGAGGAGCAAAUAUCUAUGCUGAAUUUCUUGGGGGAAGCUUCACAUGUGAUGCUUACCACAUGACUGAGCCACAUCCUGAGGGGGCAGGCAUUGCUCUUUGCAUUGAGAACGCAUUAGCACAAGCAGGGGUAGCCAAAGAAGAUGUUAAUUAUGUAAAUGCUCAUGCAACUUCAACACCUGCUGGUGACCUAAAAGAGUAUCAAGCUCUCAUUCGUUGUUUUGGGCAGAAUCCUGAGCUGAGAGUGAACUCUACAAAAUCAAUGAUUGGUCACCUACUAGGAGCUUCUGGUGCGGUGGAAGCUGUUGCUGCAAUUCAGAUGCUUUGUAUUUCUAUGAAGUGGUCGGGACUAGUAGCUUUUGCUUCCUUGUGUUCUCGUGUCUUGCAAUCUUCUUCAAGAAAUAGAUGUAUUUCACCUACCCCUUAAACAGAAGGACUGGUGCAAAAUGUUUGUACACUUGUUUUAUGUUGAUUUGUAAUGUACACUAGCAUAUAGUGUUUUAGAACUUUUGGUUGUCUUUACCUAAACAUUUCUUCCAAAUUUUCCAACAUGAUAUCACAUCACUGAAAAUAUGUCAUUUUCAUUUUAAAAAUCUGACUUGGUUUGGAUAAUAUGAGCGGCAAUUCUUGCAAGGAAAUAAAAGAGGAGAGUUAGGGCCUUGAUGGAAACUUAGUAUUUUGUUGAAUACUUCAAUCUCAUAUGGGAGAACUUCAAAGUGCUUAAUUUGCUUGUGCUAAGAGUACCAUGUUGUGGAAGGUCUGUGCUUCAAGAUGAUUAUGAAUAAAAUCAAUUCGUAUCCUAAAAUGUCCUGGUUGUUUGGUGAAAUCCUUGCUAUUAGUAGGGGUCUACAUGAGCAUAACAUGAAAGAGCAGACAGGGAGCAGCCAGGGUUAUCUCAAGCUCAUCUUGGUAUUUAGAGGGGUUAGCUUAGUGCUGCUGGGAAGGCUGAGUUUAAGCUUGGCUCGGUCAAACUGACCUACAUUGAGCUUAGGUUGGUAAGGCUUGAAAAUGGCUGAGAGGAAGUGAGAGAAGGGGAUAUAAGGGGCACAGAUCAGACUCAGUGGUGGAAGCAAGCAGACACAGAUGUUGGCAAGCCAACAUGACAGCGAUGGAGGACCUGUUGUUGAGGACCCCAUAUUGUUGUCACUUCUACAGGAGGUGGCAUGUUAAGGUCAGUAGAAGCAGCUUGGAAUGAAAGAGUUAAUGUUGGGGAAGCCAAUAACUGAUAUCAACCACUGUUUCAAAAGCAAUCUAUGUACCCUUACAUCUAUAUGCAGCCUCCAAGCCACCCUGUGCAAGGCUACUUCUGUAAGAGGACGGGCCACAGUGUGGCACCCAACUGUCCUAUAUAAGCCUAAGCCUUGGACGUGUAGCCUUCUAACUCCAUAAUUUUCUUUUUCUAUUGAAUUGUUAUUUAAUUAUUUCUAAACUUUUUAUUCUUUUGUUUGUCGUUAUGAAUUUAUUUAUUUUUAGUGUUUUUUAGAUACAAACCACAUAAGCCCCUGCUUAGGUGGCUGUAUGUUUUGAAAUGUGGUAUGUUGAUUACAAAAGUCGUUGAUUGCUCACAUACAGUGGCCAUGUUUUGACAUGUUGAUGACAAAUGAAAUUAGCUGGGGAGUAGGUUUGGUCACAGUGCUGGCAUAUGCUGACAUACAAAAGUCAUUUUUUUCAUUAGUGUAUGUGUGUGCGCGCAUGAGAGAGAGAGAGAGAAGGUAAGGUAGGAGGCAACCAUUGAGUCCACAAAAGAGGGCAUCAGGUUAGCAUUGGCAGAAUCCGUUUUAGUUUCUUAACCCUAUAUCUACUAUCUCAGCUGAAU